CGUAUCUGCAGAGAGGUGUGAUCGUCGAGAUCGACAUGGCGGUUUGUUCAAGUGCGAAGUCCUGAUUAAAUUUGCCGACAAACAUCACAUUGCUUAAAUUACACACACAUGUAUGGAUUUUUAUAGUUGAAGUAUACCCACUAAGACCUAAGCUUUCUAUUGUUUAGAUGAAACGUACUGGUUAAUGCCUAUUACGAUUUUUUAAAUUGAUUUUGAAGUUUAAGCAGGCAACAUCACUAUGCAACCUGUACAAAGUGGAAUUAUGUUGCCGAGUCUUCAGCAGUGGUUCGUCAGUCAGGUGUUUUCGUGGAGAGCUGGAGCAAGUGUCGUAUGGUCGCUGAUACUACUACCAGCUUUGUUCUUUGGAUUUACCUUGAUUGCAGGGUUUUACCCUAUACAUUUAAUAACUUGGAUUACAGACUGGCUGUGGCAGAUGCUCUCUCUGAUGACAUGGUUUCAUUUAUUCCUUAUUGGAAUUACUACAGCAGUCAUUGCAUCGCUGAACUCCUCUUACUAUGCAGUUGUUCCUACUUUCUAUCGGACUCGACUGCUGACGAUUGGCAGUAUGCUUCAUGGGAGGAAAAUCGCUCAUGCGCUAGGUCACGCGUUCGCAGCUGCACUCAUCACCUGGUUAUUCAUGAGAGGUCUGCCAAAAGAGUACCACAACCUCACCUCUAUCUGUUUGAUAGAAGGAGUGAACAAGGAAAUUUUGUGUCUGAAUGAGCGAUAUUUCUUUGUCGUGCUUCAUGCAUUGUUCGUGGGAGCCAUCUACUCCGUAGUGUACUUCAAGUGUGGCAACAACUGCAUUUCAUUUCCUAUAAUCCAGCAAACAAAAUUUUUUAAAGUGAAGAGCUUCAUCGUUCCUGUGUUCAUUGCUUCGUCCAUAAGUGCAGCGAGACGACUAGGAUAUUACUACAUACUCUAUUUCUUAUUUGGAGGCUACUUGAAGACGCUGCUGCUGUCGGCGCUGGGCGUGCAGCAUAGCGACGUCAUCUCCUUCAGCUCACUGUGGGGCAUGCUGGACCUGUCCCUGCUCGUCACGACGUGGGCGAGCGGCACCCUCGUGCUCUGCACGUGGAACCUGGCGCUGCACAUCUUCAAGGUCUACGUCACAGAGCCUUUCCAGUUUCCCGUUGAGAGCUCAUUCCACGAUGACAGAAAUAGGUGCCUGCAUCAAGCGCUUUCAGCCACCCAUCCUCUUGUUAAGUAUCUUGGCUUUCUGGACCUGUGGAUGCUUUCACAGCAAUCCCCCAAGAGAAGGAGAGAGAUAUUCAGUCUGUCUCAGCCUGGCGGCCAUCCACAUAACUGGAAUUACGUACAGACAGAGUGCAUGACAGUCAUAGAGCAUCAUGUGAAUAAGCUAACCCUCUUCAACGAGAGUAGGAGCCAGUCGUACGGCAGUGACAGGGCAAGCAAUUACACUACCGCAGGUGUGUAUCACCAUGCAGCAAAGGACUCGCUGAAAUGCCAGCUCAUGUCACCGGCUUCCCAGGGACAGGGCAUUCCACGUGCAGCUACACCUUACAGGGCAAAGUCUGCCUCACCGGGACAGGCUGGCAAAUAUGACUGGCCCUAUAGAUACUACAACUCUCAUGGUACAUUGGUUACUGGUAGUGUUCCUGUGUACAAGACAUGGCUUCACUACAAAGUAUAUCAGAUUGUAGAAGACUUCAGAAGAAGGCCAGCUGUGGCAUACUUCAUUAGUGAUCUGCCAGAAACAAAGACACUUGAAAUACUGUGUGAGACUCAGCUCUGUGUAUGGUCUAUCGAAGCUCUUUCACACUUGGUCGCUGCAUCGUAUGGAGAAGAUGAGUAUGGUGUUGUUCAGAAAGACCUCUCAGGGAUAGUGUCAUCCUUACUGGAGCUUCAAGCCGCCCUCGACAAGCAUGUGAAGGUGAUGGCGCCACUACAGAGGCGACCUAGUAGAAGCUCGGCCGGGUACGUGGACGGCAGCCAGCGACUUGUGGUGCUCUGCUCCGCCUUGAAGAGCUCCAUCUACAGAAUAGUGACAACGUUUCACAGCAACUUAGGUGGUUUGGUUCUAAUACCAGAGCAUCGGAGGAAGCUACAGCUGUUCUGUGAUUACAAGGAGUAAAAGGGAUGCAUUCGGUCAGAUGGCAAAGUGUAUCAGUAGCUAUUCUUCAAAACGGAAGUAUAGAUUUUGUUUUGUGUGUCAUGAGGAAAUGCCUGGUUGACUAGAUUCAACACUGACCUUGUUAGCAUGUGCACUACAGUCAAGUCUCUAAGUACCAACCACCCAUGGGACUGUCCAUUUUGUUCGACUUUCUGUGAAGUUCGGUUUAUAAGGUCCUAUUCUAGGCAUAUCUUGCACGUUUGAGAUGGUGUUGGGACUUACAAAAUCGUCGUUUUAUGUGAGAUUCGGUUUUGAGGGUGUUCGAAAUUUAGAGAGUUGACUGUACUUGAAAAUACAUACCGAGUCAGUGGCGAGUCACAAGGUUAAUUUGGUCCAAACAUGACAUUGUACAAAAUGUGAAUGAUGUGUCUAAAUGUGUAAUUGUUCAAACCAGUUUUAAGUUUUGUAUAACAUGAUAUUUUAAUUCCUAUCAAAACUUUCAACACCCCGUCCCAAGAAAAUUGGUUUAAAAAUAAUUUGAACCUAAGAAUAUUUCAGGCAUAAGUGAGGCUUGAUUAGGAGUGUCUUAAUUUUUGCUAAUUUACAUUAACUGAACACAAUUAUGAUUAUCGUAGCUAAUAUUCAGUUUAUGUACUGCCAUAUCUGUAUAACAGAUGUACUGCAAUUUGACUGUUUUUUAUCCAAAUAUCUGUAAGAUGUGUUAAGUAUAGGUCUGUAAUUUUUCAGUUUAACUGGUCUGUUUACUGAAUGACAGUCUCAAAAAGAAGCCAUUGUCUUCAUUUAAUCUUAAUCGAUCAGAAUAUGCACAAUUGUUUAAUUUCUGAUUAUAUUAAUAUUGUAAUAACUACAGUUCUACAUUUGUGUAUAGUAAAUUAUGUAUAUAACUUCUGUU